GGAAGUAGAAGCAGGCGAAAGCUUGCAGUGACAAAGCAGGAGCUUUCGGGACCGUCUGGAAGUUUCUUGUGGGAGGAGACACCGGACCGUGACUCGGCAAGACGGGACAGUGAGUCAGCAAUGGGGAGCGGGUACAUAAGGAGAGGCAGGGGGAGGCCGGAGUUUCGAGACGAUACCGGCGGCAACAGGUUGCUCAAAGGCAAUUGGCAUAUUUACAGGUUUAUACAAUGGAAUUUCCAGAUCUAGGACAUCAUUGUUCAGAGGCUACAUGCAAGCAACUUGAUUUCCUUCCCCUAAAAUGUGAUGCCUGCGAGGAACUUUUCUGUAAAGAUCACAUCACAUAUGACCAACACAAGUGUUCAGCUGCCUAUAAGAAGAAUGUGCUGGUUCCUGUUUGUCCACUAUGUGGCACUCCAGUUCCAGUAAACAAAGGAGAAAUGGCAGACAUUGCUGUUAGUCAGCACAUUGACAGAAAUUGCACCUCAAGUCACAAGCAAAAGAUUUUCACAAACCGAUGCUUCAAGGCAGGCUGCAAAAAGAAAGAGCUAAUGAAAGUUAUAUGUGACCAUUGUCACAAUAACUUCUGCCUAUCGCACAGACAUCCUUUGGACCACGACUGUAAAACUGGAAAACCGGUCAUUUCUAAAUCUGGGUUGGCAGCCCUGAGCAGAUCUAAAGUAGCUUCUCAAGAUUAUAGCUUGAAAGUCAACGAAGCCACAAAAUCUACAAGAACCAAAACAUCUGGAAGUGUGAAAUCCAAUAAAAAAAAAAACAUUUUUCCUGGCUCUGCGGGACCGAAAGUGAUCAGUGUAGAGAUCCAGAAUGGACUGAAUGAAGAUGAAGCACUAAAGAAGGCACUGGAACUGUCUUUACUGGAGACAGGAGUCAAUAACUUACUGACAUUAAGCCCACAGGAUGAAGAUGGGGAACUGGAGCAGGCUUUAGCUGCCAGCAGGGAGGAAUAUAGGCUAUUCCAGAGGAAAGCUGUAAAAGCCACAGGAAAGUGACAUAAUGUUCAACAAUAUCUACCUUGAGCAUUUAGAUUGUUGAUGUAAAUCUGACUUUUUUAUGAGGUUGUUUUUAUCGUUGUUACUAUAUGUGGAGACGUUACUUAUAGAGAAGCACUUUCAUAUUUAUUUGCUAAUCCUUUUUUUUUUUUUUUUGUACUCGUGUGUUUUAUUUUCUUCUCAUAUGGGAUUUUUGUACAUAAGGAGCUUCUUUAUAGGAACAAUAAAGUGCUAUUUUUAGUAAUGUA